AUGAAUAAACUUCCCAAAGGAUGGAAUUUUACCAUAGUGGACGACAAUGCCGAUCUGACCAACUCAGAAAACAUACAAGGAAAAAGACCAAGAAGGUCAAGAACUAGUGUACAAAGGAGUGACGGGGCUUCUCCAAUUAUCCGAGACAAUAUAGUCUUAAUAAGAACUGACGAUAAUGAGGAAUUCAAAGUGGGCGAUACUAUAGAGAUAACUCAAGGAAAAGGGCCGGAGGAUCCAACCACUGAAUACGGCCUUAUAACAGAAAUAAAGUUUGGAAAUAGUGAGUUUAUUGAAGUCAUCGUUGAUUGGUUUAUACGGUCAUCCGAAAUAGUUGGUAUGCCCAAUGAUUUUUUUGCAGACAAUGAAUUGUUGUUAACUCCGUUUAGAAGUGAGGUGAAAUUUAUUGAUUUUAUUAGACCCAUCAAUGUUCUAUCUGAAAGCCAAUUUGCGGAUGUGGUAAUAGACGAGUCUAAUUCCCAUUCCACGUUUUUAGUGAAACGUGCUACAGAUAACGAAGGAAACUUUAGCGACAUUUUUGAUUAUAAGGAUUUUAGUGGUAAAGUACUUGAGAACCCAAAGAAAUGUGCGAUACAGGUUAAAGAAUUGAUAUCUACUACUGUGCAAAAAGAACUUUUAAAGGAAUUUAGCAAGGAGCAACGUAAAAAAAAAGCAAACAAGGUUUCGACAACGGGUCGCGUAACUAGAUUCAAUAAACGCAAGGAAAGUGUAUCAACAAAAGCUAUUAAACCGGAAAAUAAGCAGGUUAGAAUUGAGAUUGAUAACGACGUUUUAUCUGACCAAUCUGAAGAAAAACAGGAAGAGAGUGAUUAUAAUGAGGCGGAAGAUGCAAAUUCUGCGUUGGAGUCUGACGAAGAAAACAUUUCACAAGAACUGGAGGACCUGGAAGUGGAAUAUUCAACAAAAAAGAAGUUGAAAAAUAAGAAGUUGCUGCGUAGAUCGAAGGCAGCAGCCACCCCUUCACCCAAACGAAAGCUACAAAAAAAGGAUAUUGAAGACAUUUACUCCGUUGUCACACCCACUAAAAGAAUGAAAUUGGGUAAAGAUGACCGAGACUCGUUACCAGUAUUUUUAUCACCGACCAAAAGCGUUCCUAGUGAAUUCACCGACCCCAAAUCGGUUGCUUUCAAAGAAGUGAAACAAAGAUUGCACACAUCACAGAAGUUAAAUGCUCUACCUGGUAGAGAAGAUGAAUUUGCCAUGAUAUAUAUGAAUCUAGAGUCAGCAGUAAACGAAAAAACAGGUUGUUGUGUGUAUGUAUGUGGAGUACCAGGUAUGGGAAAGACGGCAACAAUCAAGGACGUUGUUGAACAAAUGACAUAUUCGAGUGAAAGAGGUGAAAUGGAACAGUUUAGUUAUUUAGAGUUGAAUGGAUUGAAGUUAUUAAGCCCCACUGUUGCGUACGAAGCUCUUUGGCAUCAUAUAAGCGGGGACAAAGUCAGUGCUUCAAAUGCAGCAUUAUUGUUAGAGGAAUAUUUCAAACGAGAAGAUCACAAGAGAAAACCUUUAGUGAUACUUAUGGAUGAAUUCGACCAGAUUGCUACCAAAAAGCAAAAUGUUAUGUAUAACUUCUUCAAUUGGCCGACAUAUUCAACAUCCAAAUUAAUUGUCAUAGCUGUUGCCAACACUAUGGAUUUACCAGAACGAAUGUUAACAAACAAAAUAGCAUCAAGAUUGGGAUUAAGAAGAAUUCAAUUUAGAGGGUACACCUUUCAACAAUUGGGAGAUAUCAUAACACAUAGAUUAGAAAUGAUCACUAAGAAUAACAGAAGAAAAGUUGUGAUUACAUCUGACGCAAUUGGGUUUGCCUCUAGAAAAGUUGCUAGUGUGAGUGGUGAUGCUCGUAGAGCAUUGACAAUAUGUCGACGGGCAGUUGAGAUAGCUGAGAAGGAAUACUUGGAGAAUAAAAAGGGUGAGGACGAUAGUGGGCCUUACCAGGUAUUGAUUUCUCACAUAUCCACUGCGAUAAAUGAAACGGUGAACUCGCCAUUAAGUAAAUAUAUUGCAUCACUUCCAUUUGCAUCCAAGUUGGUAUUGGCAUCACUAUUAAGAAGAUCGAGAAGAACUGGCCUUGCUGAAAACAGCCUAGGCGAUAUAAUUGAUGAAAUGAGAAACUCAUUUGCCAUGGCCACACAUUCAGAAGAACAAGGAAGUGACGAGUUGAAUAUGCAAGAUGUCUUGUACAGUGAUAAAACAUUUACUGCCACUAAUGAAACUGCACCUAUUUUGAAUUUGAGAAUCCAUUUUUUCAAACAAAUAGUGACGUCUUUGGUAGAAGCAGGAAUUAUAAUACAGCAGAAUUCACCAGGUGAAAGAUCAAGACUUGUUAAACUUGACGUGCCUGAGGAAGAAGUCGUAUCGGUCUUCAAGAAAGAUAAUGCUAUAUCACAGUUUUUAUAG